ACAAACCGGCUGUUUACUGAAAGAGACCCUUUAUAAUCGAGGCACAAGUGGCUUUGGGUGGAGCUCUCUGUGCCGGAUGAAGUUUGAUUAAUAUUUAUAAGGCAACUCUUGUCAUUUGGUAGGAGUUUGAAAUUCUCCAGUUGUGCCCUCCAACAGCCAAAUCGCUGCAGUUUUAAGAAGGGAGUCGCUGCCCGUUCUCCCACAGUCACUAACAUGCGGGAUUACGAUGAAAUCACCGCUUUUCUCGGAGAAUGGGGACCUUACCAGAAAAUUAUCUUCUUCCUUUUGAGCAUCAGCAUUUUGCCCAAUGGUUUCUGCGGAAUAUCCAUAGUUUUUGUCGGGGAUAUUCCUGAACACCGCUGUUUAAUUCCCGGGCACCUCAACCUCAGUGAAGCGUGGAUGAACCGCACGAUCCCUCUGGAACAAGACCGGGACAAACUCCAGUACAGCAAAUGUAGACGGUACCGGUUGGAUGUGAUCAAGAACCUCUCGGAGAUAUUCCCUGACCCGGAUUCCGUCAAUAUUUCUGAGGUGGGACAGGAGCCCUGUUUGGAUGGAUGGGUGUACAGUAAGGAGCAGUACAUCUCCACCAUCGUCAGCGAGUGGGAUUUGGUGUGUAAUGAUGACUGGAAAGGACCAUUUGUUAUGUCUGUAUUCUUCAUGGGAGUGCUGGUUGGUUCUUUGUGUUGUGGACAGUUAUCAGACAGGUUUGGGAGAAAGAUAGUUCUGUUUGGAACUAUGGCUAUACAGAGUGGAUUCAGCAUAAUUCAAAUGUUCUCUCCAAACUGGGAAAUAUUUUGCUUUCUAAAUUUCCUUGUGGGCUUUGGACAGAUUUCAAACUAUGUCGCUGCAUUUGUUCUUGGAUCAGAACAUUUGAGGAAAAACAUUCGGGUUAUAUUCGGUACAGUAGGAAUUUCCAUUUUUUAUGCAGUUGGCUAUAUGAUCCUGCCUUUGAUUGCAUAUUUCCUAAGAAGCUGGCGGAUAUUGCUUUUCACACUGUCUCUCAGUGGCCUAGUGUAUAUCCCUUUAUGGUGGUUUAUUCCCAAAUCUCCACGCUGGCUGAUUUCAAAGGGGAGGAUACAAGAGGCUGAAGCAAUACUCCGAUAUGCUGCAAAGAAAAAUGGUGUCAAUCCACCCGUGAUGCUCAUUAAUGAUCUUAAGCUUGAAGUUAUGAGACAUGAAAAAAAACAUUAUUCGGUUAUUGACAUGUUUAGAAACCGGAAUAUGCAAGCCAUUGGUGUCAUAAACAUUGUAGUAUGGAUGUUUACUUCAGCUGGAUACUUUGCUCUGUCUUUGAGCACACCAAAUCUCCAUGGUGAUGACUAUUUGAACUGUUUCAUCUCUGCUGUAGUCGAAGUUCCAGCCUAUGUGACUGCUUGGCUUUUUCUCCAGAGAUCUUCCCGAAGGUUCAGCCUUUCGGGAUCACUUUUUCUUGGUGGAGUUGUCCUUUUCUUCAUUCGCCUCAUGUCUUCAAAUCUCUCAGCAUUUUCCACAGCACUGGUGAUGAUUGGCAAAUUUUGCACCACGAUUGCCUUCGCCAUUCUUUAUGUUUACACUGUGGAGUUGUAUCCAACCACGAUAAGAAACCUUAGUGUUGGAGUGAGCUCCAUGUUCUCUAGGGUGGGUUCCAUCUGUUCACCUUACAUUUUUUAUCUUGGUAUUCAUUAUGAUUUCCUGCCUUACAUUCUGAUUGGAGGUUCGACUAUGUUUUCAGCAAUUCUGGUCUUAUUCCUGCCUGAAACACUCAAUGUUCCUCUCCCAGAAACCAUUAACCAGAUGCAGAAAAUUAAGGGGGCCAAUUGUGUAAAUACUCAGAACUCAAUUUCAUAAAACAGGAGAACACACUACAAUGGUCAAUAAUAAGAAGGAGAUUUAUCUCAGCUUUGGGAACUGAUUGGCAGAAACAGAGAAGUGGACAUUCAUUUACUGACAGUUUGUGUUAUGGACUACUACUAUCUUAGAGUCAUAGACGCAUACAACAUGGAAACAAAACCUUCAGCUUAACAAGUCCAUGCUGAAUAUAAUC